GGAAAAUCUCUCACAGGCAGCGAUGUCCCUUUCUCUCUCCUCCUCCUCCUACCUCUUCCAUACACACAGUAGCUUCUGGGCUCAUGCUCCUUCCCUCUGGCUGGCACUAGGAAAAGGUGUGGGGCUUUUGUGAAGGGGGUGGGGGAAAGCCCACCUCUACAACGUAGUUAAGUCCUUGGCAGUUGGAUGUAGUUAUUACCAGCAACAAGCCUGAGAACAGUGAGAUGUAAUUGGGGCAAAUGUGCUUUCCUUUCCUAGCGGGAAACUGGCUGACUGGCUUAUUACCAUUACUAUUAGCCACUGACGCGCUCCAUCAUUUAGAGCUGACAGGGAGACUUCGUUCUCAUUGUCUGGUGUCUGCCUAGACUUCUGAUUCUGGCUCGACAAUGCUCACAGAGAGGUGCUUAGGAUUAGUCUGUUCUGGCUUGUAUCUCUGGGCAUUCUUGUUCCUGUCAUUGUUCAAAGUCUCCCAACAAGGGGAAAAUCAAAGACGACUCUACCGAGAACUUCUGAAAAACUACAAUCGCUUGGAACGGCCGGUUGUGAAUGAUUCACAGUCCCUUGUAGUGGAACUGCAGUUGUCAUUGCUACAAAUAAUUGAUGUGGAUGAAAAGAACCAGGUCUUGAUAACAAAUGCAUGGUUACAGAUGUCCUGGAUCGAUGUGUAUUUGAAAUGGGACCAGAAUGAAUAUCCAGGCGUCCAGAACUUACGAUUUCCAGCUGAUCAGAUCUGGGUGCCAGAUAUUCUUCUGUACAACAGUGCAGACGAGAGAUUCGAUGCAACAUUUCAUACCAACGUUCUAGUAAACUACACAGGAUCUUGCCAGUAUAUUCCUCCAGGCAUCCUGAAGAGCACAUGUUACAUUGAUGUUCGCUGGUUUCCUUUUGAUGUACAGAAAUGUAAUUUGAAAUUUGGUUCGUGGACUCACAAUGGGUGGCUCCUUGAUCUGCAGAUGCUGGAAGCUGAUAUUUCCAAUUACAUCUCAAAUGGCGAGUGGGAUUUAGUGGGUGUCCCAGGAGAAAGGAAUGAGUUGUACUAUGAGUGCUGCAAAGAGCCGUAUCCCGAUGUGACUUACACAGUGACCAUGCGCCGGCGCACCCUCUACUAUGGCUUGAAUUUACUCAUUCCCUGUGUCUUGAUCUCGGGCUUAGCACUGCUUGUCUUCUUACUGCCAGCUGAUUCUGGGGAAAAAAUAUCUUUGGGUAUUACAGUCCUCCUGUCUCUGACGGUUUUCAUGCUGCUUGUAGCGGAAAUCAUGCCUGCCACUUCAGAUUCUGUUCCUUUAAUAGCUCAGUAUUUUGCGAGCAUCAUGGUGAUUGUCGGCUUAUCUGUGGUGGUGACCGUUUUGGUGCUCCAGUUUCAUCAUCACGACCCUCAAGCAGGAAAGAUGCCACGAUGGGUCCGUGUCAUUUUGCUGAACUGGUGUGCUUGGUUUCUGAGAAUGAAAAAACCCGGGGAGAGCAUAAGACCCCUUUCUUGCAAAUACUCAAGACCCCAGUCAAGCGUCAGCAGUGUGGAAAUGAAUGUCUUACCGGGACACCAAUCAAGCAAUGGCAAUGUGAUCUAUAGCUACCAUGCCAUGGAAAACCCCUGCUGCCCACCGAACAGUGAUGCAGGCAGCAAGGGGGGGAAAGGCCAUGGCUCCUCCCCCGAAGACACUGAACUUCUGCAACAGAAAGCUUUAAUGGACACUAUCCCAGUGAUUGUGAAAAUCCUGGAAGAAGUUCAGUUCAUUGCGGCUCGUUUCCGAAAACAGGAUGAAGGGGAAGAAAUCUGCAGCGAGUGGAAGUUUGCUGCGGCAGUCAUAGACAGAUUGUGCCUCGUGGCGUUUUCGCUGUUUGCCGUCAUCUGCACGCUCACAAUACUGAUGUCCGCCCCAAAUUUUAUUGAAGCCGUCUCAAAAGAUUUCACAUAAGGACCCGAGAAAUUAACUCACCUACCCACCUGACCCUGAAGUGUAAUUUGAAUAUUAUGAAUUAGUAUCAUAAAGGUAUGCUGAACAAUGUGAUUGGAAACAGCGAAGUCUAUUUCCAGUGCUGGUUUCAAGGGAGGAAAGGAGCUGGAGUGAAUUUCGACAUUCAGUUGGCCUACACACACACACAAGGUUAGAGCUUAUAGGUACGAGAUCAAGUACCUGACCUUGUUACCUGUUUCUUAUACAGUGUCUUCUUCCCGUACUUGUGCCAUGAUCUCUGAUGAGUAGACAACAAACUAAGAUGUACAGUGUAUGUAUUAUCAAAUAAAUAGUCAAGUCUGUGUACUACUAGGAAAACACUAGUGAACAUUUUGCUGUUUAACAACCGAUCUGCAUUGGUCAAACCCUUCCUAGAAACAUGCUGUUUGCUAAAUGUAUCAUUUUCAGUAUUUAUUUUGGUUCUUUGCUUCACACAGAUUUCACUUAAUGCAUCACUCCAGUCUUGAAUGAUAUUGUUAGUUGCACUUUGCCAAACAAAUGGCAAGUUUUAGCUUUUAUGAUCAUUGUGAUGGCCUGAAAUAUUUCUCCGGUUUAUAUAAUAACGUUAAUGUCAAUGCAAUAGAUUUUUUUCUAAAGGGUUAAAA